UGACGUCAUCAGCGUGCGACCGUUCGGGGACCUGCCCUUCACUUCUCUAACGCUGUCACUUCCAACAUCAAAACACCACCAUGAGUGCAAUAUAAAGCCAAGUCUAUGGAUCGACAAUCUUACAACUAAAGUGACCGCGGGGGAAUUCAUCAUCCAGCUUUUAUUACCACAUCCAAGUGUCGAUGGCAGCGCCGAACUCAGCCGAGAGAAAAGCCUGCUGGGAAGCCAGGGAUUUCUUCUGGAAGUGUCUGGAUGACAACAAGGACAAAUCAUCAACAUGCCACAACUUCCAAGAAGAAUUUGAGGCUAAAUGCCCAGCUCAGUGGGUGAAAUAUUUCAGCAAAAGAAGAGACUUCCUGAAAUACAAGGAGAAGAUGCAGACAGAGGGCUUCACUCCUGCUGAAGGCCCCCGGGGCCAGGCCUCCUAACCAUACAGUAAACAUCACCAGGGGCCACACCUUCUAACCAUACAGUAAACAUCACCAGGGGCCACACCUCCUAACCAUACAGUAAACAUCACCAGGGGCCAGGCCUCCUAACCAUACAGUAAACAUCACCAGGGGCCACACCUCCUAACCAUACAGUAAACAUCACCAGGGGCCACACCUCCUAACCAUACAGUAAACAUCACCAGGGGCCACACCUCCUAACCAUACAGUAAACAUCAUGUCAAACACAAGAACAGCAAGGCUUUUUGACAUAUUUGGGGCCUUAAGAACUUGUGAUCAUAAUGAUGUAUUUAUUAGAUGUAUUUCUAAAUAGCUGUAGUCACCUUGGAAAUGGGGUGUUUUUUUUAGCUUCAUCCCGCUGUGAUGGUCUAAAGUAUCGUUUUUCAACCUUUUCUGAGCCGAGGCACAUUUUUUUCAUUGAAAAAAUCCCAAGGCACACCACCAACGGAAAACAUUAAAAAAUGAAACUCAGCAGCUGAUAUUGACAGUAAAAAGUUGUUCUCGCAAUUGUUGGAUAAAAAUUCAAAACAUAACCAAGCAUGCAUGGUUAUAGCUGAAAGUUGGUGUACUGUCACAUCACACCCUGACUUAUUUGUUUAUAGCUGAAAGUUGGUGUACUGUCACCAACUGUCACAUCACACCCUGACUUAUUUGUUUAUAGCUGAAAGUUGGUGUACUGUCACCAACUGUCACAUCACACCCUGACUUAUUUGUUUAUAGCUGAAAGUUGGUGUACUGUCACCAACUGUCACAUCACACCCUGACUUAUUUGUUUAUAGCUGAAAGUAGGUGUACUGUCACAUCACACCCUGACUUAUUUGUUUAUAGCUGAAAGUUGGUGUACUGUCACCAACUGUCACAUCACACCCUGACUUAUUUGUUUAUAGCUGAAAGUUGGUGUACUGUCACCAACUGUCACAUCACACCCUGACUUAUUUGUUUAUAGCUGAAAGUUGGUGUACUGUCACCAACUGUCACAUCACACCCUGACUUAUUUGUUUAUAGCUGAAAGUUGGUGUACUGUCACCAACUGUCACAUCACACCCUGACUUAUUUGUUUAUAGCUGAAAGUUGGUGUACUGUCACCAACUGUCACAUCACACCCUGACUUAUUUGUUUAUAGCUGAAAGUUGGUGUACUGUCACCAACUGUCACAUCACACCCUGACUUAUUUGUUUAUAGCUCAAAGUAGGUGUACUGUCACAUCACACCCUGACUUAUUUAUUUAUAGCUGAAAGUAGGUGUACUGUCACCAACUGUCACAUCACACCCUGACUUAUUUGGACUUUUUUGUUGUUUAUGAAUGUACAACUGUUUGUUUAUUUUGUUGACGAUUGACGGAAGAAUAAUAAAAGUUGAACUUCCUUUGUGUAGUGUUUUGCUUCUUGUCUGGUGCUUCUAUUUUGUUGUUGAUUGUCAUGUCAUGUACGGAUGUACAUUGUGGACGCCGUCUGCGCCACGUGAUUUAAGUCUUUGCUGUCGUCCAGAAUUCUGUUUUUGUUUACUUUGCAGCCAGUUCAGUUUUAGUUUUGUUUUGCAUAGCCAUCCCUAAGCUUCAAUGUCUUUUGUUUUUUUUGGUUUAAGCAAUAGAUACCUUUUUACCUGCACACUGCCUCCCGCUGUCUUCUUCAUAUUGUGAUCACCACAAAUCAUGUUGCUGACGUCUACAAAGCAAUGAGCUACCUGCUGCCACCUACUGAUAUGGAAGAGUAUUACAUGGUUACUCUGCCGCGCUCUUGGCAGCACAGACAAUAAUUACUGCUUUGAUAAGAAUAUUUUUAACCCAAGUAGGUGAAAUGACAUCAUUUCCCACGGCACACCAAACAAUAUCUCACGGUACACUAGUGGUUGAAAAACACUGGUCCUAAGUAUCCAAACUAUCUAUUUACCAUGAAUUGAUUUACUUGGACCCGAUUUAAACACGUUGAAAAACUUAUUGGGGUGUUAGC